UCUCUCAGUCCACGUAUGUUAGAUUUUAAUUUUUGUUCAUAUUAAAUUAUCCGUUACAUAUAUAUUUGACUCGGGUGAAAUAUGACCACAUUACUGUUUUAGCAUGCCAUUCCAUAUCAUACUAGCAGUUAAUUACCAGAGACGUUUGAACACUAUUUAGCGUAUUUCGAACACCAAUUGAACGUGACAGUAAUUUGAGUAAACAUAAGCCUUAGCGCCUAUUCUUUUCCUAACUCGCAUCGUAAUGUAACUGUAAGUACGUACUUAUAUCUGAGUGACAAUGACAUGCCAAAUGUGUAUAGUCGGUGUCUGGUGUAUGCUGUUCUAGUGUUAUUGUUACAAAUGAAACAUGCAAUGUGAAUAAAAUAAUAUUUUGCUGUUUUCGAACGUUAUUUAUUUAUGGAGAUACAAAUGUCGGACAAUUUUGUAAAGAAAAUUGCGCUGGUGUUUUGUUUAUUACCGUGGAACCAACGUUAGAACUACUAGUAUUACUAAUAGUGCUACACGGUGUUUAAGAAGUUACUGAGAUUAAUUUUUGAAUAUCACCUUCCAAUCUCAUCAUCAGAAAAUGAACUUUGUGAAACUGGAUAGUACUGGACAUUUGGUAGUUGGCAUUAUUAUCAGCUGAAACAGAUUUCUAACCAGAGGACUUGCAUUCAGACUUUGUUAAUUUAUAUCACUGACAAAACAAAGCCUAUAUGGUCUUUAUACACUAGAAAAUUUAUUGAGAUUGCUAAAGGCAAUGGUUUAAAAAGAUUCGAUGAGCUUUUAUAUUUGAAGUUUUGAAAUAUUAGUACUGUUUGGAAUAUGUUCAGUCGGCUUGCAUGUGCUCUGUACAAUGCAGUAGAUGCACUAGCACCUCCACUUCCUUUGCAUGAAGAAUUUAGUCGUCACUGGACUGCUAUCAGAAGUUUCUACACCAACAAAGAAUCUUCGUGUUGGUUACCAGUAGAGAUAACAAACAUUCCUGAUCACUUACAUCAGAUGGCCUGUAUAUUAGAACAGGAAGAAGGAGAAGACGAGACUGAUGAUGCCCAUCCUUGCAUGGAAUAUUUUUUACAGCAGAAAAUCUUGGAAAGUAUGUGUGGACUGGCAAGAGCUGAUUCUCCACCUGGUAUAAAACGACACAUAAUUUCAUUUGCAAGUAGAAUACUGUCCAGUGUCAAAUUUGACCUUCUUCCUCAUGUGUCGGUAUGGUCAGCAGUCCACAAAUUAGCUAAGAUGUGUGGGGAGGAACUUGCUUCACCUUAUGAAAAAGAGGAAAUGGAUUUUGUAUUUUUUCUUUCGAAUAGAUUAAUGGGGGAUUCACACUUGUUCAACCACUUCAUUUGUGAUACAUACAGAAAUGUUUCUCAAAAGAGCUGUAAUUCAGCAAAUACUUCUCAAGAUGGUACUACAGAAGUUGUGAUUGCUGUCCAAAAAAUGGAUAUCCCUUUACUACAAUCACUUAUAACAUUUUUACAUAGCCCAGAUCAUGACAUUUCAUCCAAAGCUAGUGAUUGUCUUGUAAAAUGUGCAGCUGCUUUUGAUGAAAAGACCAUGAAUAUUUUGAUUCAACAAACAGAGUUUUGUUGUAAAAUAGUUACAUUUCUUUUGAAUCAGUACCAUGAGGUUAAGAGACACUCUAGCUUUCAGGACAUUGAUGACAUAGAGUUAUUUUCAGUUCAUUCUGAUGAGAACAAUAGCAGUGAUAUUCAUCUUUCUACAGGAAAAAGGCAGAUCUUGUCAUUUGUAAGGUGGCUUAGUUUCUUUGAUAAUCUGGUUGGUGCACAGUCACAGCUGGGAGAGAAUCUUCAAGUUGUUUUUUCUGAUCUUUUUCUUAAAGAAGAAAUAAGUGCUGAACUAGCAGAUUUAGAAAAUAGUGACAAAAUCCUAUUCACAACAAAACUAAUUUCUCUUUGUAUUCAUAGCAUUUCUUCAGAGAUCCUUAUAUUAGAUUUUGGGAUAUUUCUUGUUGGGAAUGAAAGUAAUCCAGAACUUCCUGGAGGUAUGGACCACUUCCUUAAACAACUUCUAAUCAACAGGUGCAAUGAAACCACAUCAUCUUCUAAAGUUAAACUAGCGACUUUGCAGUUAUUUGAAGAUUUAUUACAAAAACCUUCUGAAGAAGUGAUGGAAAGUUUGAUACUCAGGAACUUGACUGGAAGAAAAUAUUAUGACUAUUUAUUUGUUGAUGAGCAUAUUUACUUCAGUGAUGAUGAAGUAAGUUGCCAAAGGAAGAGUCUAUAUGAAGAAUUAGAUGUUUCCCCUGGAUCCUCCCCAGUAAGUCGAACCUUUGCACCUAGUUCCAUCCACAAAAUAUUAAAUUGUUUUCUUCUUCUUCUCCCUGAUGAAUUGAAGUCCUGUGAAGAAAAUGAUGACUCUGCGUAUGAUGUGUAUAUUAAAGACGCUCACCGACAGUUUCAACAAUGUCUGCUACUCUGUGAUGAAUGGAACUGGCCAGAUCAUCCUGGUUUUGAUGAUGAUGACACUGACUCCUUAGUGAGUGAAACAUCUGAUUCUGAAACUGAGGCAGAUGCUACUUGCACUUUCUUUUAUGAGGGAUCCUUUUUGGAUAUGUUAUUUUGUAAAUUAGAAAAUAUGCUACAGCAACCCUAUGAACUGAAUCUGCAAGUGACUUCACUUAUAUCCAGGUUGGCACUUUUUCCACAUCCCAAUCUACAUGAGUACCUACUGAACCCUCUUAUCCCAUUGGUUCCAACAGCAAGAUCUCUGUAUUUAGUUCUGCUUAAACUAGUUGAAGACAUAAAGGUUUCAGUACAGGGUGUCCAGAACCUUAAAAAAAAGCUGGAACUUACAAGAAAAAUCCUACUCAAUAAUGAAGAAGGGUGCAACACUUUUGAGGAAAGUAAUGUACUAGAAGCAAUAAUUGUAUUAGAAGAGUUCUGUAAAGAACUUGCAGCCAUAGCAUUUGUUAAGUAUCAUGCAUGUUCAUGAUGAAAAAUGCUAUGUGCUGGAAAUUAAUUUCUAAUUUAUAUGUAAUGUUUUCCAUGUAUGAUUAAGUAUUUUUUUGUGUUACGUUUAGAUCAUUGUUAAUUCACCAUAUACAUGUGUGUAUGUUCAUUAGCAGCACAGUUUGCAGAGUGGAAUAAUUUAUACAUUAUAAUUAAUCAUUUUAUUUUGGUUUGGAUGAUAUAAUCAAUCAUUGAACUUUCAAUCAAAGUAAGGCAUAUCUUAUCAAAAGUGUAUUUAAAAUUUAUAUACUUGUGCUGUGCAUGAAUAUUCUGUAAGUCAUUUUCUUAAUAGCUGGGGGAAAGGGACAAAAAAAUAUUUCUAUCUUUUUUCACUCUAGUCUUAAACAGUCAUGAAAUGUGUAGUUCAUUAUGAAAAGUACAUUCAUGUACAAUAGAGUUUGGUACAUUUUAAUAUCUGUACACCAAAAUUAUUAACAAAUACUAUGGUUAGUUUAUCUUUGAAAUUUGUAUUGUAAAAAUUUUAGUAAGUUUUUUAGAAUUUAUUGCCUGGUAAAAUUUUCAUAAAUAAAGUUGUUCAGCAUGUGAAAAUUUUAAGAUGCUGAUAACCUUAGUGAAAAAUUAAAACUAUACAGAAGAAUAUAGUGUCUUAAAUAUUAAAAAAACAAGUGACACACACAUAUAUAUAUAUAUAUAUAUAUAUAUGUAUUUUUUAUAAAUGUAUUUAGUGGAAAAUAAUAUGUACCAGUGUACUGGAAAUUUACUGAUGCUUUAGCAAGCUUCAAAUGUUUAUAAUUGGCAAACACAUUGUUAUGUGUAAACUUGUAUAGGACAAAUUAUAAAUUUCUUGAGAAAGCAUCUAUAUUUUUGGGCUUUUUCAGUCACCACAUACAUGUGCCAUUAAAAAUACAAGCCAGAUAAUUGUUCUAGUAACUAUGAAAGUUUUUACCAAAUUACCCUUUCUUUUUUUACCAGGUAAAGUGAAAUAGUUUAAUAUCAAUAUAUAUUUAUCACUUUCCAAAAAAUUAUCAGUGGUAGCAUGCAAAUGUCAUUAACUAUUCAAUGUGUAUUAUAUGAUUGACAAUGUCUUUUUAAUAAAGUUAAGUGACACUGAUUUUAGAAGCGAGUUGUUUUAUAGGUGUUUUAUUUUUAUAAACUAGUGUAUUAUAAUGUAGGUAAGAAUUUGCAAUUAACAAAUAGAUUAGUCAAUAUAUUUUUCCUUUCAGUUCAGCAUAACAACAUGGCUGCAUAUGGGGUCACUGCUGCAAUACAUAUAUUCUAUAUUUACAUUAUUUGUAAUUAAUCUCUUACAAGCUUAUGACUUAAAAAUAUAAUAUUAAAAUGGCUUUUUUAACAGUAAUAUAAUUUAAGCUAAUGAGUUUGGGGGAUUGUAGCCUUUCUAAAUGAAAAUACUAAAUUACAACAUAAAGCUAGGGCUCCGAGUUAGGGCAUUAAAUAUUAAAAUUGAGAUAAUAUCCAGUAUUAUAGUGGUUACCAGUUGUAAUUUCAGUAUAUUUUGUGAAAAUCUUCUCAUAUGUGAUUUCUAUACUUUCACAUCCCUUAUUUUGUUUUUUGCACCAGGGCCUGAAAUCUGCAUCGUUUAUUUCGCUCUAACCAGCUAGGAGGCUUGUUAGCCCCACUAGAAUAGCAAAAACAAUAAUCUAAUUGGUCCUGUUGGACCAAUUAUAUUUUUAAGCAUUUUUCAUUUUACUUUGUCUUCAAACAUAUAUUUCUAUACUUUUUUCCCUGAAAUCAUAGUUGAGUGUUGGUGUUGUGAAAGUAUGUACUUCAAAAUCCCAAAUGGAGCCUCUAGAUUUUUGGCCUAUUUUUGAACAUUAUGGGAAGUUCCUAUAACAUCUGGAAUGUAAGAACGGCAGGAUAGAUCCAAAUGAAGUGUUAUGAAUAUUAACAUCUCAAAGGAGAAAUACUUUACCUUUUUGUUUUCAAUUAAAGUUUUCUUUAAUGUUACACAUAUAUGUACAUAAAUAUUGCAUUUGUGUCUUUCUUCAAAAAUUCACAUCUGCAAUUGAUGAAUAUAUAUAUAUAUAUAUAUAUAUACACACACAGCAUUCUUAGAAUGAACCUGAUAUGGCCCAUUUAGAUUUCUUGGAGAGGCAGUUAGAAAUUUUGGACCCUAGUUUGCAUAUACAUGUAACCUAAUUGAUAAAGCAGAUGUGCAAGAUAAUUUUAUUAAUAAAUACUUUAUUUUCAGUUAAAAGGCAGGCCUAAUGAACAACAAUGAAUUAUAAAAAAUUACAUAACAGAACUGAAACAUACAAAUAUUGUGCUUUAUGUUGUAUAUACCAUGAACAUUGAACCAUCAGUCAAACGAAAUCCAACUUUAUAUACAAUUGUUAAUGUGUUGAGAAAUCAAAGUAAUAAUUAUGUCAACAGUUUUCAAAAUCAAACAACUUUAGUAUUAAGUUUGACCCCUAAAAUCAAAAGGAUAUUGAAGUGUUGACAUAGAACUGAAGGCACAUGGAAAACAAUCAUACCCUAUAGAGUGAAAUAGUAAUUUUCAUGGUUUAUCUGGGCAUUUCAACUCUUCAAAAUGUGUAGAAAAUAAUUGUGAAUUAUUACAUGUAUGUGUAUAUUUAUUAAAGAUAUGAUUGUUCAUUUCUUUUGAAAUUUCAAUCUGUUUUGAGGAACAUUGCAUCCCCUAGGAUAUUUGCCAAAAUUGUAAGUCUCAGGAAGAACUUACAGGCCAUAAGCAAUUGGCUAGAGGUCUGGAGUCCUCUUAAGUGCCCCAGAAACUGUGGUUUUAUGCUUGCAAAAGUAGAAAGUAUUUAAAUUUUAAACACUUUCUUUCUAUUUAAAGAAAAUUAACUAAACAAACUGUUAAAUUGAUCAUAUGUUGUAUACAGCAGUAUUUGUUCAAAACAUAUGACAUGGAAGCCAAUCACAAUAAAACAGUGCUAUUAGUGAAGUUAAACAAUUUCAUUUGAAGCCAAAAAAAAUGCUUGAUACCAGUUUAUACAACAAUGGUAAUUACAAUAAGUGAGGAUUCCUAAAAAAAUGUUCACAGAAGCCUUAAAAAUUAAGAGGUUUUGUUGAUUUUUGGCUGAUUACAAAAGACAUUCUGUAGAAUUCAUGAUCAGUUAAAGUAUUCUGGAUAUAAUAGGCAUUUUUCAGAGUUACUUAUUUUCAAAAGGAGACAGUUGUACAAGGCUAUCAUACAUCUUUCACUGUAUUUCAGUAAAAAGAUACUACAGUGCACACUUGAACAAAAUGGAGAAAAUUCAGAAAUAUACAUUUAUUUGAAGCCAUAGCAUUCAGACUGAUGACAGCCUUGCAUCAGAGGCUUCAUACUGUUAUCAGUCCAAACUAUUCAAAGAAAUAUUUGUAAAUACUUAUAAGUAACAACAAACAGUGUUUACUUUUAUAUUUUACGAAAGCCUAGUUUUAACUGCUGUGUGUAAUAGUUAUUUUGGAACAUAAAUGUAAUAGCUUUAUACAGUAAGUAUUAAAGCUAUGACAUUUGGAAUAAUGAUAUUUAAAUAAUUUGGCACCAUUAGCAAUAACUUUUCUUCCAGUGUAAAAUACAUCUUACAGUUUGUAAUCGUGUUACAAAUGAGAGGAAAAAAUUGUAUUUGAAAUGAUAACUCGCCUCUAAACACAGAAAUACUAUCUUCCUUGUGUGUCAGCCUAAGUGACUUGUAUGCCACUUACCUUGAGCUAAUUCUCACAUUUAACAAGAACUGUGCUGGUGCAUGAUGAGGUCAUCAUGAGAUAAAAGCUCUCCACCAAUAGGAGGGAGACCAUGACCUCCAUGUGCAGUAACUCCCCCUAUGCACUUACACUCAUGAUAAUAUAAUUCUUUCCUCAGUGUUGUACAACACAAACAUGUUCAAUUUUCAUCUGGCUUCAAUUUGAUGAGAUUUGCAUUUGUUAACACAACUUUGAUUUUCAUUCUCUUUAUUUUUGUUCAAUUUUUGAUUUUUUAUAUCAUGAAUUCUUAAGUGACAAUGACUUCUACUUAUUCCUAUACGAGUCAUAAUGUUACACACACACACACACCUUAUUUCUACUAUGGUUUCUAAAGGUUCAUUAACUGUUGGGGUUGUUCCAGUCUUUAUUCAACAUGUUGUGGAUUACCAUGUUUACUGGGCCUCCUACUCCAGUCCUGUCAGCCAACUUAUUUUCUUCUCAGUUUAGAAUGGCCUAUUUGACUAUGAAUUUAACCUGUUUACUGUUGUAGUGCCUUGCCAUUAGAGGUAUGACCCUACCAUUCCAAUUUCUUUAUGGAUUUCCUUCUCGGGUAUGUUCUUUUCCUUAUCUUUCACCGGUUUCCUUUAAUAUUUCUUGUUCUUCACUCAAUGAACCCAAUUCUUAGGUUUUUACCUUUUUUCUCCUUGCUUGUUAUUAGGGUUUAUGCCAUUUCCUUUCUCUGACAGCUUCUCUCUUACACCUUAAUGCCUUGGACCCUUGCAUUUGUGACUCUUUUGUUUUUAUUUGUAGACAUUCUUCCUUUCCAUUCUAGGUUUCCUGUUUUUGACUUGCUUGAGGAUCAGACACCUUGCCUUCUAUUUUGCUCUGUUUUUAUCUUUUUUCUCACCACCCUCCUGUAGUCCAUCUUCUCUCUCCACCUUUUGUCCUAGACACUUCAUCAUGCUCCAGAGAGGUUUCUGUAGAAGUUUGUUUCCUUCUCUUUGCCAGCUUAGCCUGUCCCACUUCUGCUCUGUCUCUCCUUACUUUGUUCCCCUGCCAUUGGGUCAAGUUGCAUUCCCCUUAACUGUAUAUUGUCUUUAUCGGGCUCCUUUUUUUUCUGCCUGGGCAUCUUUGAUGGUGUUCAUUUCUCACUGAAGACCUGGACUGAAGUUGUGCAUCUUUAGUAUUUAUUAUGUUCAUAGAUUUUUUAUUAUUUCUCAACAUUGCCUUUUGACUCCUCUUCCUCUUCUGGAUCAGUCUACCCUAACAUUCCUGUUCCAGGUCUUCCUCUUUUUCCCAUCCUCCCGCUACCCAGUGUCUGGUCCAUAGCUCUUGUCUGUGACUAUCAUGUCAAAUCCAGCCUUUUGGGUACCCAUCUCUUCCUCUUCACGUGCAGUUCGUCUCAUUUUCUACCAGCAGUUGUUUUUCAUUUUCUCCCUCAAGGUCUUUCUCUCCACUUUUCUUCUCAUUUUCUUUUCUCAUCCCUCUGACCCUGUCUGUGGUCUUUUUCACCUGGUCUACAGUUGGCCAUGGUCAAUAUGUUGGACAUCUUCCUACACAUCCCUAUUGACCUGUCCUCCAUAUGUUUUCUACAUUCAAGCCAUCAAAUUAGUGCCUUUCAAUUCCUUGCUCUUCCCUUUGACAUAGCAUAGACCCCUUUAGUAUCAGUGAGGGCUUUUGUUCACCAUCCUCACAACCUGGGCUGUCAUACCUUUUCUUAGAUGAUUGACUUCUAUUGGCUCAUUCUCUGAUGGCAUCCUCUUCUCACACCUCCCUUAUUUUGCCAGAUGCUAUUCAGUUGAGAUGGAUUUUCAAAAUAUCCAAGUCCUUUCUCACACCCACUCAAUAUUUGUUACUUCUAGGCAUUUUUAUCAUCUCUUAUCUCAACCCAAGUUCAGCAUUCUCCUCUUCACCUGUGAGAUAUGGAGUAUAUGGUCACCAGGAUUUGUACUUCUCAUUCUCAUCAUGUGCAAGUUCUUUUGCUUUUGGGGACCCCAACUUCUCUGAAACCUCUCAUUUGUUUGUGGUACACACACAUGUUCCUCUUUCAGUGGUCCUUGCAGAUCCAAGGGAUUUUUUCUUAGGUUCCAUUGUCCUCAUUUGUGAACCUUGCCUUUUCUUGAAAAAUUGUGACUAAACUGUGCCCAUACUACUUCCAGCAUUCCUUUACCAACUCCCAAUCUAUAUCUUUCUUUUCGCUUAUAUUUUCCUCUCCGAUUGAGGCACAUCUGUGGAUGACGACGACUUCUGGCAUUUGUACACAGGGUGGGCAUUCACUCCACCUCAAUGUGCUUGAAUUCCUCACUGCUCAUAAGGCCUGUUCCCAUUUCAUGCCCUUUCUGGUAAAUCAGUUGGUCACGAUCUACUCUUAAUAAAUCCAUGGUAAUUUCUACUAUCAUGAGGCUCCCAUUCUAGAACCUUCGCUUUUAGGCUCAUUCACAUUGGUUUUGUCUUGUUCCCUGUCAUAUGCCUGGAGCUAUGUAUCUUGUGAUGAACCAUCUCUUGUCCAAACCAUGGCUUCACCCCCAAAUCUAUCAUUGGGUUUACUCUUGUUUGAGCAUUCUCCUUUCAGAUUCCUUUACCACUCCUCUUGAUUCUACUAUUCCUCCUUUCUACAAGCCUGCUCCUUAUCCUUUGGCUCUCGCAGCUCUCAGCCAUGGCUGGCCUCACCUUUUUAUAUAUGCCUAUCUACUUCUUCCACCCCUCCCUUGGAUCCUAGAAUUGAUAUGCAACACUCUUCAAAUCCUACUGUGACACCUCUUUGGCCACCUUAGCAUUGGUUUCCUCUGGUUUUUUGCUUGGUGUCCAGCCCCCCCCCCUCAUGUACCCAGUGUCCCCUCACUCUUGUUUCAACCUUACAUGGCUUUUUUUUGUCAAGGGAUGUUAUCCCUUUAUCUUUAUGUGUGGUAUUUGUUUGGUCCAUUCUCAUAUUGUGUAACCUUCUUGUCGUAUUCCUAAUGCCCUUCUACUUUGUCUAUCAAGGAAAAGGACAGUUUAUCAUCAUGGAUCCAUACACCCCCCCCCUUCCUACUGUGGUAACCCUUCUGCCUUUUUUUGGUUGGCUGUUCGACCAUGGUUUAUUGGUCUUUGCCAUUGCUGAUUAUCAGGUUUGUCCAUUGCAUUUCACUUUUCCUAGUUCCAAAGGGUGUUUUCUUCUCCUGUCCUCUCCUUGUCCAACUCUCAUGCCUGCCUGGGUCCUUAGUGUGGUUUUACACACUAGCAGUUGUGCCCUGCUCAAGCCAUUAGCUUUUUGCUCUUUGUACCACUUUUCUCUCACAUCAUAUUUCUUCUUCUUUUUCUCUUUUGGUUACAGUAAUUUGGUUGUCUAAGCUUCUUGCACCCUCUUCCAUGGGACUUAUAUACUACUCUACCCAGAUCAGUCAUUCCUUCUUCAAAUUUCUGCUAUUUAGGAGGUUAACCAUCCUUUUUCUCCUAUUUCCCUUUGUUCUGCCUCUCAACUCUGUGAUCAUUUAAACUAAGAUGGGCUCCUAUGUUCUAUUUUGUGUUGCUUAUCAUUGGCUUCUCCCUUGCCAUCAACUGUUCCUACCCUGGAACAUCUGUUCUUCCAGGGACUUCUACCCCUAUGGGUGACUCCAUUGACUUAUCCAAUUUGUAUAUUUGUCUCUGGAUGUGGAUGCUUGCAGGCUAUUUCACAUUCAAUUUGUCACCUUUCUCAUUUUCUUGCUUCCCAUCUUUGUGGGCAUGUGGAUGACUCCCCAAAUAUUUGUCAUUCCUUCUCUUCACUACCUGGCUAUUUAAUCUCCUGCAGAAUUUCAACUUUCACUGGCCUCCAUACUUCAGUCUACCCACUGUCUUUGAAAUGGGUACAUAUAUUUCCCUUCCUUUCCAUUGAAAAUGGUCCAGACAGGUGGCUUGUGUUGCCUUACAGGGUAUACUUAUUUCCCAAACUCCACAUUGAGCUAGGAUAACAGAAGGUGCUAAAACCAUCCACCCUAGUUCUUUCUACCAGUGUCCACUGUGAGAUGGGGUAUUCUGCAAGAUCACUUGAGGUACCCUUGUGGUAUACAGAUUUACUCAGUUGUCCAAUCCAGACUGUACCAAUUCAAUAAAAUAUCAUGAAAAAAGUCAGCACCAGAGUGGUGACUGCCCAUUUAUUUGGCUCACGCUUCCCAGCUUUUAAAAAUAGGAUUAAUGAUCACCCAUUGCAAUGUCUCCAGUGGAGCAUGGAAGAUCCUUACUACUUACCAGUUCCUAGCCAAUGGUGUGGCAGGCCAUAGAGAAUCCUCACCAGUUUGGCUUUGCACAAUACAGUGAGAAGUAGGCAGGUGGUGGCAGUGUCAAUAUAGUAUGGGUCACCCCUUACAAACAUAACACAUAACUAAUGAGCCCUCCUCCUGCAGCCAAAGCCUGUUUAUUCAGUAGAAUCUAGGUAAGUACACACCACAUGAUCUUAUUGUACCCCAACCACACUACACAUAAGCUUACCAACUGCUUAUGUGUAAGUGUUCAAAUGGUCAAGUUGUCAUUCCACCCAUCCCUGUGACACUUGGGGCUCAUUUGCCUCUCCCCACUUAUAUUCUAGUCAAGAUGAGAUGCAGUCUCCCACAGAUGUGUCACAUUUACCUUGAGCUUUCUAAAGGGAGCUCAUCUAGGUAAAAUUUUGCCCCUCCACCUUUUCAGUGUGAGAUUGUAGCACUUCUCUGUGUGGAGUUGAGUUACUGUCUAGGAAGUUAACAUUUUCCUAAUCAGAAAAUGUAUUUCUGAUAGAUGCUUACCUCCAAACACAUUCCCACCCAUCCUUCCCACUUCUGGUGCACAUAUUUUUUUGUCUUGCCUCAUCAAAGAGUGGUAUUAUCAGAAGUGCAUAAGGGGAGUUACUGCACAUGGAGACUCUGUCACUCUCCUGUUAGUGGAGGGAUUUUGUUGCAUGAUGAUGUCAUCAUGCACCCAACACAGUUCAUGUUAAACACAUGAAUUUAGGUAGGAGCUACCUCAAGGCUAGUGGUAUGUAAAUCUCAUAGGCAGAUGCAUGCAGAAGUAUCUAUUGGAAAUACAUUUUCAGAUUAGGAAAAUGUUAACUUUACACAAUUUCUUUGUAACAAUAAUGAAAAUUAACAACUAAGUAACUGUACGCAAAGUAUUCUGUAAGAAACAUAAAUCUUUUGUAUCUCUAUAUCGAGUAAAUUCUGGUCCAGUGUAUUUUUGCUAGUUUAAGCUAAUCCAGAUUUUAUGUCUUGCAAAUAAUUUUACAUUCUGAGAUAUUUUAAAGUAAAUUCCAGAUAGUCUUCUGUCGAUAAAUACUUUAAAAAUGAUUAUUCUAUAUUUCAUUUAUGCUAUAUAGUUGAGCUUGCUAUCAUGUGCAUAUACACUAUAAAAGGUAUUGCAGUCUGAAAUUUGAUACAAGUAAAGCAAAUCAUAUGUGUAUACCUUAGAGAACAAAAGCAAGAGUUUUGUAAAAUACUUGCAAUUUAUGUAAUGUGUUGACUACAUUAUUUGCAGUGUAUGAUAUUUGUAAAUACCAUACAAAAUAUGUUAAGGAAUCUAUAAAAUGGAAAGUAACACUCCAUAUCAGUUUAUCGUUUUUGAAAAUGUGAAAUUCUAAAGUCAAAUUCUUGAGUUAAGAAUAUUUGAAUUAUUCCGUGUCAACUUGAUUAAAUCAGAAUGAUCAUAUGCAUAUAGUAAUAAAAUAAAAAAUGGGUUUUAUA